CCAAGUCUUGAUGGUUGCCUGGAAGAGAAUCUCUUCAAUUCAAGACCAAUUUCCAAACCUCCUGUGACAAAUUGUCUAGAAGACAAUUGACAGGAGACGAUUCUUGAAGUGCAGUGUCGCAUAGCCUAGCUUUCCUUUUUAACUUACUUGCUCUGGUUCCCCUCCGUCGGUUUUCUGGGGCGUUUUCGACAAAGUGCCGUUUGACGGCGUCACUUGCCAGCCAUGCUCGUCCCACGGCUGUCCCAAAGGUGGACAGCCUACUUCUGCUUCCUUGCUAUCAUCUGCUCCUUGAUCGCCCCUGCCGUCACGGUCAAGGAACAUGAUUUUAAGAAAUGCGACCAGUCCGGCUUCUGCAAACGAAAUCGAGCCUACGCAGAUAACGCAUUAGGAUCGGCGUCCUGGGAAACACCCUACAAGAUCCUCCCCGAGUCCACAUCUUUCAAAGAUGGUCAAUUGCAGGCCGUCAUCCUCAAGACUAUCAACGCACAGGGUGACACUGUCCGAUUGCCCAUUACCGUGUCCUUCCUGCAGUCCGGGGUCGCCCGCGUUACAGUGGACGAAGAGAAGAGGCAAAAGGGGGAGAUCGAGCUCCGACACAACAGCCAAGCCCGCAAGGAACGAUACAAUGAAGCCGAGAAGUGGGCCAUCGUCGGUGGCACGGCGCUUGACAAGGAGGCCAAGGUCGUAUUCGAGGACAAGACGCAGACGACCGUCCAGUACGGACCUGACGCCAAGUUCGAGGCCGCCAUCAAGUUUUCUCCCUUCAGUGUCGACUUCAGGAGGGAUGGCAGCUCCCAGGUCAAGCUCAACGACCGGGGUCUGUUGAAUCUGGAGCACUGGAGGCCCAAGGUCGACAAGCCUGAGCCGGAGAAGAAGGAGGGCGAGACCGAUGCAGAGGGCGAGAAGAAAGAGGAAGAGCCCAAGGGUGAGGAUGAGAGCACCUGGUGGGACGAGAAGUUCGGUGGCAAUACCGACUCGAAGCCUCGUGGCCCGGAGAGUGUCGCUCUUGAUAUUUCCUUUGUGGGUUACGACCACGUCUUCGGCAUUCCAGAGCAUACCGGACCCUUGUCACUGAGGGAGACCCGUGGUGGCGAGGGUAACUUCGAGGAGCCGUACAGGCUGUACAAUUCGGAUGUCUUUGAGUACAUCCUCAACAGCCCCAUGACCCUCUACGGAGCCAUCCCUUUCAUGCAGGCUCACAAGAAGGACUCAUCGGUCGGCGUCUUCUGGCUAAGCGGUGCAGAGACCUGGGUCGACAUCACCAAGGAGAAAGGGACCAAGAACCCUCUCGCCAUCGGCGCCCCUUCCAAGACGACCACCAAUACCCACUGGAUCUCUGAAAGCGGUCUUCUGGAUGUCUUCGUCUUCCUUGGCCCGACUCCUCAGGACCUCACCAGGAGUUACGGCGAGCUCACUGGUACCACCGCCAUGCCUCAGGAAUUUGCCAUUGGAUACCACCAGUGCCGCUGGAACUACGUGUCCGACGACGAUGUGAAGGACGUUGAUCGUAAGAUGGACAAGUUCAAGAUCCCAUACGACGUCAUCUGGCUUGACAUCGAGUACACUGAUGGCAAGAAGUACUUCACCUGGGAUAACCAUAUGUUCAAGGAUCCUAUCGGCAUGGGCAAGCAGCUGGACGCCAGUGGGCGGAAGCUGGUCACCAUCAUUGACCCACACAUCAAGAAUGAGAACGACUACUCGGUGGUCUCCCAGCUCAAGUCCAAGGAUCUGGCCGUCCAUAACAAAGAUGGCAACAUUUAUGAGGGCUGGUGCUGGCCUGGCUCCUCUCAUUGGGUCGACUGCUUCAACCCCGAGGCCAUCAAAUGGUGGAAGUCGCUCUUUCAAUAUAGCGCUUUCAAGGGCACUAUGGAGAACACAUGGGUGUGGAAUGACAUGAACGAGCCCUCAGUGUUCAACGGACCAGAGGUCACCAUGCCCAAGGACAACAUUCACCACGGAGGCUGGGAGCAUCGUGACCUGCACAACAUCAAUGGCAUGACCUUCCACAACGCCACAUAUGAGGCCCUCCUCUCGCGCAAGAAGGGAGAGCUGCGCCGACCAUUCGUGCUCACCCGCUCCUUCUAUGCCGGUUCGCAGCGCCUUGGUGCCAUGUGGACGGGUGACAACCAAGCUUCCUGGGACCAUCUCGGUGCUUCAAUUCCCAUGAUCCUAGCCCAGGGUAUUUCUGGCUUCCCCUUCGCAGGCGCGGAUGUCGGUGGCUUCUUUGGCAACCCGGAUGCAGACCUUCAGGUCCGCUGGUUCCAGGCCGGUGCCUUCUACCCGUUCUUCCGCGGCCACGCCCACAUUGAUGCACGCCGCCGUGAGCCUUACCUGAUCGGCGAACCCUACACCGCCAUGGUCACUUCGGCCCUACGCCUCCGGUACAGCCUGCUGCCAUCAUGGUACACAGCUUUCUACCAGGCUCACAAGGAUAGCUCCCCGAUCGUGCGUCCCAUGUUCUACACCCACCCCUCGGACGAGGGUGGUCUGGCCAUUGAUGAUCAAAUGUUUGUUGGUAACACGGGCCUGCUCGUCAAGCCUAUUGUCGAGCAGGACAAGGAGUCCACCAAUAUCUACAUUCCGGACGACGAAGUUUACUACGAUUACUUCACUUACGAGAUCGUACCCACUUCCAAGGGCAAGGAAGUCACGAUCUCUGCACCACUGGACAAGAUCCCCCUACUCAUGCAGGGCGGCCACAUCUUUGCGCGCCGCGACAGACCUCGCAGGUCCACUGCGCUGAUGAGGUGGGACGACUACACCCUCGUCAUCACCAUGCCCAAGUCUGGCGGCCAGGCUGCAGGCGAGCUGUAUACGGACGACGGUGACUCGUUUGAUUUUGAGCAGGGCCAAUACAUCCAUCGGACUUUCGUGCUUGAUGGAAACAGCCUGACGUCCAAGGACGCGGAGGGCCGUGAUACCAAGUCCAUCAAGCCAGGCGAGUGGCUCAAGAACAUGAAGAACGUGACCGUGGACAAGAUCAUUGUCGUGGGCGCACCAGCGACCUGGGCCAGCAAGAACGAGGUCACGAUUACGGGGGCAGACGGGAAGACCUGGAGCGCACAGGUGGACUAUACCGCAGCUGCCAAGGGUAAGGCUGCCUUCGCCGUGGUGAGGAGGGUUGGUGCAGCGAUUGGGGAGGACUGGAGCGUCUCGUUUGAGUAGACGAGCGAGGGGGGAAGAAAUGGAAUAUCAUUGUCUUAGGCGCCGCGAUCCAAGACAGUUGGGAGGUCGUGUAACAACAACAAGUCUUUGCAUGGAAACGGAACACAGAUGAGGAACAGUCCUAGACACUUGCGUCUGUCGAGUGCUCCGAAGGGGGAUCUUGGCAAGACGGCGGCGUGUUGCUAGGCCUUUUGGUUUCUGUGGAGACAUUCUGCAUAUGAUCAAGACUGAUCGAGAUGUUCAUUCUGGGUGGGUGGAUGGAUGGAUUGUAUUGUACCGUGCAUAGAGAGAGUGUGUGUGGGUGUGGCCUUUAAAUUUCUGGAGCGCACAUAGAAUGAAGCUACGAUCUUUACUCAUG